UUUUUAUCGGUUCCGGGGAUCGAACUCAUGAUCGCCUGCUUGCAAGGCAGGUGCUUAUGCCACUGAACUAAAUCCCCAGCCCCUAGACAGCUACAGUAGUUUUAAGAAGGCAUCUUAUCGUGAUAGUAUCCAGCGGACAAAAGUGGCCACCUCUCUCUUUGAGCUCCUAAGUUGAAUAAACCUGUUUCAGCAGCCUCCCACCCUCAGCUGAGAACAGAGAUUGAUUCCUGUUUCAUUGACCAAAGUUCCAUAGCCACCACCAUUCCAAAAGCAAUCACUGGCAAAAAGAAUGAGACCAGUGUAACUGAUUUAGCAUAUCAGGAUCAUCCUCCUGCCCUGGGGUAUGACCCAGAUUUCUCUAAGCUAUAUAGCUUUACUCAGAGGGCAGAUACUAGAAUGGAACUGUUGGGUUUUUUUGUUUUUGUUUUUUGUUUUAGAAAGGAGAAAGAGGAAUGGCUGUAUUUUUUGGUACCAGGGAUUGAACUCAUGACUUAGUGCUUGCCAGGAUUUAGGUGAGCUAAAUCCCCGGCAGAAAUACCUAUUUGGAAACCAACCAAUAAUGAUUUUUAUAGACCAGUCCUCAAGGUAGCAGAGAGAGACCAAAUAACCUACCUUUGAAAAGAUUUGCGCUUUGAUUUCUAGAUGGUCCCUUUGUUAGUCAGCUCUGCAUAACCACGGAAAAUACCUGAGGUGCCAGCUCAGAAAGAGACAGGAUAGCUUUAGCCCCAGUUUGGAGGUUCCAAUGUGUGAUUGAUUAUGGCUUGUGGCAAGGCAGUAUGUCACGCUGGAAACAUAUGGCAGAGCCAGUGCUCAGCUCAAGAGUGCCAGGAAGCACAAAGAGAUCAGGGAAGAGAGAGACCAGUGUCCUCUAGUCCCUUCAAGGACACGCCCUCCCUUGCCUAUGACCUCCAGGAGUCCCUGCAUCUUAAACAAUUUCCUCUACCUUCCCAUAGUGCUCAGCUGAAGACCAAGCCUUUAAGAUCUGGCCAUUUAGGGACAUUUAAGACGCAAACCCAAGUGGUCUCCAACACUGGAGCUGCUUUUCCUCCUCAUUAAAGCAGCCCUGGAAGGGGACCACUGUGAGACUUGGAUUGCUAAAUGUCACACAGUGAAUUACAGACUAAAGUCAGAACAGGAUUUCUUGGCAGUCCAGGCAGGCUACUUUCCUUCACCAUUUACUCUGGAGAGUUGGGAACUGUUGGAACUGCUUUCAAACUCAUGGCAAGCACUGGCCACUUUUGUAAUUAACAGCUCUUUAGAAUACUCUCCUUAGGUUUGCUCAGCCAGCUGGAAACAGGCAGAGCCCAAACUCUGAAAAGCCCCGCUGAGGCCUUGUUCUCUGCUUUGAUAUCAUGUGCCUUGUUGGAUGUAGAUUUCUUCUAUUCUGCAUCUUUGCUGUUGCUUCUUCGUCUUCAUCUUCUCUUGUUGUCUCCACAGCCAGCUUCUUAUUGCUAAAGGACAAGAUGUUGGUACCUAUCAGAAGCAUCAUGUGGAUCUGCUCCACCUUCGUGGUAACCCAGGCACUGCCUGCAGGCCCCAUGGGGAAUGGCGCGACGGUGCAGGGCUGGCUGGCUGGGACCGUGGUGCUGCCCUGCCGCCUCCCGGAGCUGUCCACAUCGCGGCUCGCGGCCCAAGCUGGCGGCGAGUCCCUGCGUGUCAAGUGGUCAAAGAUCGAGGUGGACCGCAGCGGAAGAGACCUGAGGGAGACGACCGUGCUGGUGGCCCAGGACGGACACGUGAAGGUGGGGCCGGACUUCCAGGGCCGCGUGUCGGUGCCCUUGCAGCCCGCGACUGCGGGUGAUGCGUCCCUGAUCCUGGGCGCUCUGCGCGCCAGCGACGCGGGCCGGUACCGCUGUGACCUGCUGCUGGGAGUGGAGGACGCGCAGGCCACCGUGGCGCUGGCCGUGGAUGGGGUUGUGUUUCACUACAGGGCGGCAACCAGCAGAUACACACUGAACUUUGAGGCUGCCCAGAAGGCUUGUGUCGACAUCGGGGCUGUCAUAGCCACCCCAGAGCAGCUCUUUGCUGCCUAUGAAGACGGUUUUGAGCAGUGUGACGCCGGCUGGCUGUCUGAUCAGACUGUGAGGUACCCUAUCCGAGUUCCCCGAGAAGGCUGCUUUGGAGACAUGAUGGGGAAGGAAGGAGUCAGGACCUAUGGGUUCCGUUCCCCUCUGGAAACUUACGAUGUGUACUGUUACGUGGAUCAUCUGGAUGGUGAUGUAUUCCACAUUACUGCUCCCAACAAGUUCACCUUUGAGGAGGCUGCCGAGGAGUGCGAAGCCCAGGAUGCCAGGCUGGCGACCGUGGGGGAGCUGCAGGCGGCCUGGAGGAGGGGCUUCGACCAGUGCGACUACGGGUGGCUGCAGGAUGCCAGCGUGCGCCACCCUGUGACUGUAGCCAGGGCCCAGUGUGGAGGUGGUCUUCUUGGGGUGAGAACCCUGUAUCGUUUUGAGAACCAGACAGGCUUCCCUCCCCCUGAUAGCAGAUUUGAUGCCUACUGCUUUAAACCUAAACAGAAUGUAUCAGAGGCUACCACGAUUGAAUCGAAUAUCCUCGCAGAAACUGCAUCACCCAGUUUAUCCAGAGACCCACAAGUGGUCCUCCACAGAGCGACAACUGUAGGCACUGAGUUACCUAGUAUCACAACAGAGUUCCCUCCUGCAGGGAACAUGAUCGGUUUUGAAAAGAGAGCCACGGUUCCAGCUCAGGCUGUCACACACCUGUUAGCCACUGUAGCGCCCACCACUCCUGCUGAAAGUGCGGCAAAGCCUUGGGAGAUGGACUCCUACUCACCUUCUGCCUCUGGACCCCUUGGAAAAACAGAUCUAUCUGAAAUUAAGGAAGAAGUGCUCUACAGCACAACAGUCACCUCCCAGCAUGCCACUGAUUCAUGGGAUGGCACCAUGGGAGACACUCAAACACAAGAAUCAGUGACACAGGUUGAACAAAUAGAAGUGGGUCCCUUGGUAACGUCCAUGGAAAGCUCCAGACACACUUCUUCCCAGGAAUUGCCUGUAACCCAAGCAUCCUUUGCAUCCACGGAAAUGAAACUGGAAUCCAAAACUACAGGUCCAUCUGUAAGCACUGCUCCUGAGUGGAUAAGCACAAACCACUAUGGGGUCACCUUGGGAGAAGACUACAAGGAAGAUAGGACACUUACAGUCAGAUUGGGUCAGAGCACAAUGGUCUUCAGCCAGAUACCAGAAGUUAUCACGGUGUCAAAGACUUCAGAGGACUUGAAGUCCAUGGCAGCCCCCACCAUUGUUCUACCUGUGACUCAGCCUGAGCACGACAGCUGGGAAGAGAAGCAAACAGACAGUCAAGUAACUGAAGAUACAUCUGGCCAGGCUCUCUCUACUACGUCUUUCUCAUCCUGGCAUAGUACGGAAUCAUUUCCUUAUUCUGGUGAUAAAACAUUAGCAGAGGAAGUGUCCACAGAUAUUCAUCCCUCCUCACAGACAGAAAUGACACAAGGAAGAGAAAGGACAGAGACACCGAGACCAGAGAGGAGAACUGAGACUUACACGCUUUACGAGGUACAAGGAAAAGUCACCAAAGAGCCCUUCACGGGUAACGUGGAAGAAGAAUUCUCUGGAAUGAGGGCCUCUACGUCUUCCUCAGAGCAAAUCCAUUUUACAGAAUCUUCUGUGGAAAUGACCAAAUCUUUAGAUUCCUCAGCAUGGACAACAACAGAGUUAAGUGUGAAGCCAACAGCAAGAGAUGUGGAGGAAGAUACUACGCGAACUCUUGGGUUAGACACCGAUCAAGAUAUUCCCAAGGGUGAUGAAGACAGUCCUGCAGCUCAUGGGACCCGCAGUACCUCAAGUAUGGCUGUGGUCACUGUAACAAAGGGGUCGUGGGAUGAGGGUAAUGCAACAUUCAUGAUUUUGGAGUCCACAGAGCAGACAAGUUCUCCCAAACAGUCCUCUGUCUUACUUACCACUUCAGGAGUGAAUGGAAAGGAUGAAGAAACCCCAGGUUUCACAGAUCGUGGAAGAGAUGCAUUUUCUCCUUUUCCAGGUAGCACCCAAAAGCCAACAGAAAAAUUAACUGAGGAACACUUGACAGAGGAGGGGAAAGUCACAGUGAAACUUCAGCCCACUACAUCCAUGGGUAUUACCGAAAAGUCCACUUGGAGAGAUUCUGUGACUGAAGACAGAGUCCCACCUACCACAAGCACAAAACGCCAAGUUAUUUAUACCACCCUGGAAGGAAGUGCGCUGGGUGAAGAAGAUGAUUUCUCUAAGCCACUGUCUACUGUGCUCUCAUUUGCACCUUCCUCAGAUGUGGGAGGAUUAGCAUUUGUGGAUUUCAGUAGCACGCUGGAGCCCACUACUCCUGCAGACACUGCCCAUACCCUUCCUUUUCCGGUAAUGCCCGGGACAGACUGGGGAGAGCCAGCUCCCUCUGCUCCAUCAGAAGGGGAGGUUCUAGCUGAACCUUCUCAAGAAGUCAUUGAACAGCCUUACCUGGAAGCAACGAUGGCUCCUGAAACUCUGACAACGACAGUGGAGACCAUGGCGGAAGCAACUCAGGAGGAACUUCCUUGGGAAGAACCAAUAACCAGGAGACCAGAUCACAUAGUGACUUCAACAGUCGCCAUGCCCACAGAGGCAACGACAGGACUGGACAAAGACGACGGGGAAGGGUCAGCAUAUAUGGUCCCAGAAGAUCAAUUGGUGACAAGUGCUGAGAGAGUCCCAGUUUUAGAAACAACUCCAGAUGGAAAAGUUGAACAUCUAACCAGUGCUGUAACUGAGCACAAAGCGGAGGUGGAUGAAAUGGUCAGGACAACACCAGGCAUCAAGCCGGAAGUAUUUGUCAGGCCCGAGUCUGGAGAGAAAGAAGCAGAAGGCAGCAGUCCCACAGAAUUCACGUCACCCUCAAGUCCCUUCAGCACCACGCUCAGAGAGGAAAUCACUACCAAGCAAAGGGAGGAAACGUCCUUGGAUUAUAUCGAUUUAGGCUCAGGAUUGUUUGAAGUGCCGAAAGGCACAGAAUUACCAUGGUUUUCAACAACCGAAGCAGUGGUUCCAGGUGAUAUCACUACUGCAUCCGGUGCAGUAGACAGGCGUCACCCCACUUCCACAGCCAGGCCGUCCUCAGUGCCCACCGAGGAACCCUUUCUCAUCCACAGGGGACCUGGAGAAGGAAUCACGCAGGACCUGCUGCCCCUUGGAGAAUCCACGUCUCCCCUUCCUUCCACUACACUUACUGAUCUCAUAGCUAAGAAAACAGAAGCGGAUAUUGACAGAGAAUAUUUCGAGACCACAAGUUCUCCUACACAGCCCCAAAGAACACCCACGGUGGAAGGCAGAGAGGCUUUCAGAUCUCAGGCAGUCUCCACUCCACAACCCCCAGAGGGCACAAAAUUCCACCAUGACAUAAAUGUUUAUAUUAUUGAGGUCAGAGAAAACAAGACAGGUCAAAUGAGUGAUUUGAGUAUAAGUGGUCAUCCAAUAGAUUCAGAGUCUAAAGAAGAUGAACCAUGUAGUGAAGAGACAGAUCCAGUGCAAAAUCUGUUUGAUGGAAUUUAUCCCGGGAUAAUCCAAAUAGACAUAUACAACGGUGAGGAGGAUGGAGGGGAAGAUGAAGAUUGCACAAAUGCUACUGAUGCGACCACCACACCCUCUGUGCAGUACAUAAAUGGGAAACAGCUUGUCACCACUGUGCCCAAGGGCCCAGAGACGGAAGAAGCCAGGCGUGGCCAGUAUGAAAGUGUACAACCUUCUCAGAAUUUCUCAGACAGCUCUGAAAGCGAUGCCCAUCAGUUUGUUAUACCAGAAACAGAAUUGUCUACUGCUUUGAAACCUAAUGAAUCUAAAGAAUCUGCUGAAUUGCUAGAAAUGACAUGGAAACCUGAAACUUACCCCAAAAUGUCCGAAACGUUUUCCAGUGGUGAACCUGAUAUUUUCCCUACAGUCCCAUUCCAAGGGGGAAAACACCCAGAGGGGGAAGAGUCAACCACAGAGACAGAUCCUGGACUUGAAAAUGUGGCACCUGGAAGUGCUGAGCCUUUGCCUCUGUUUCCUGAAGAGUCUUCCGGAGAGACUUCCACUGACCAAGUGUCUCAGAUCAUGGUAUUUUCCAGGGCUACAGAAGUAACGCUGGGUGAAGAGGCAGACAGAAGUAGUGCUGUCACGUAUACUCCGAGCAGUAUGGUUCCAAGCUCUCUGGAUCCCAUGUCACAGGAAGGCUCAGUUACCCUAACAGGAAAUCCACAGCCUGAUGAGCCCCUGUCUGCUACAGAAAGUGGGGUUGAAAUAACCCCCGGCCAAAGUGUGGAACACUCAGGGAGUUCUUCACUUCUAUUUCUGGAGGGCUCUGGGGAAGUAGAAGAAUACACAGAUAAAAUGUUUACCAUGGCAGCUGACCUGUCACCGAGAAAUACUACAGAUGUACUCAUUACUUUAGAGACCGGCAAGGUCAUAACCACAGAAGGCUUUUCAGAUAUUGUAGCCACCACCGUUUUUUCCAGUUCUGAGCUUUCUUCUGCAGCAGUGGAGUCUCCCAAAUUUGUAAGUGAAGCAGAUACCUCCAUGCAGGUUUUCAGUACAGCUCUUGAGGGAAAAGGAGAGAAAGAGACAGAGGAGGAGGAAAAGGGAACUACUGGUAUGGCUUUUACAACUGAGUCGCUGUCACCAACACAGAGAUCAGAUCAACUCAUUCCAUCCCCUGAGUUAGAAAAUGCAAAUGUAGCUACCUCUAGUGAUUCAUCCAUCCGGCAGGGUUUUAUGCCCUUGACAACGCCCACCCAGUCUGAAAAUUCGAUGCCAAGCUCUCCCCUUUUCUUUACAGAGCCAGAGCUUGUAGUUAACUCGGGGGCACAGCCCUUUGAGCACAAUAGUGGCAGCCGAGCUGGAGUCCAGGAAGGGCUGACCACUCUCCCAGGUAGCCUCGUCUCUCUCUUUAUGGAGCAGGGCUCUGGGGAGGCUGCUGUGGACCCAGAGACCACCACCCUUUCUUCAUUUUCAUUAAAUUUAGAGCCUGAAACUCGAGCCAAAAUGGAAGUGGCCAGCACUUGGUCCCCGCAUGUGGAAUCCACAUCCUCCUCUGAACCAGCGGGCCGAGUUUGGACUGCUGUCACAGACAGUGAAGUCACUGAGCCUAUAAACCAAACAUCCGAGGGAAAAUCGAUUUCAGAAUCACCAGAAGAACCAAACCAUGGGGGAGGAGUAAAGGGCUUUUCUACAGGUUUUCCUUUGGAGGAAGAUUCCAGUGGUGAGUUUACAGAGUACUCCACAGUGUCUCAGCCUGUCACAGAGGUGAGUGAAGGCUCUGGAGAUGGAGGCUCUACAAAUACCCAGAUUUUACCCUCUGUAGUGUCCACUGCUGGGCACAGCCAUCACAGUUCUGAUGCAGGACAGCCCCACAGCACCACAUUAAGCACCUCAGCCCUCCUCUGGGAAGAGCUGGAAGCCUUUGCUGAGGGCUCCGGUGGCGAGCAGCUGAUCACAGCCAGCAGUUCUUUUGACCCUGUGCUUCCCACUGCAGUGGAAAACUUCUCUGGUACAGAUUUCCCAUUUAUUGACCAAGGAUUGGAAGAAGUAAGUGUGAUUCAUGAAGCCAAUCAAAGACCCACCAUUUUACCUAGCACAGGGGCAGAGAGUACUGCAGAGUCUGCAGAAAAGAAAGAUGUAAAGGUUAACAGCACAGUUUCAGUGGACUUUCUCCAGACAACUGAGCCAGCCAAGUCAGGGACCAGGCAAGAAGGCGAUCCCUUGAGACAAGGGGUUGAAGGUGAAUCAGCUUCAGAGGAACAGAUUCCAGAACAUGCAUCUCUCAAACCGGAACAAACGACCUUUUAUUCACAAAUGCUUACUGAAACUGGACUCCAAACAACAGAUUAUUCCACAAAGAAAAUACCUACCACUGAUAAGCAAGUGGAGGAGGAAGGUGUUUCCUCAGUUCCCUUCUCUAUUCCACGUGCAGAUCCAGAGGCCUCGGAACCCUACACUCCUCUCCCCGAGCUUCCUGAAAGGUCAGAGUUUUACUCAGCUUCUGCUGCCGUGACUGUGACUGAAUGGACUCCAGCUGAAGUAGUCACAGAUCCAUCAACUGAGGAAGAAGAAGGCAUAAAGCUCUUUCCCCAAGGUGUGAGACCAAGCAUUAACAACCCGGGUACUGAUCUUUUAUUCUCUGGACUGGGAUCAGGAGAAGAACUUUUGUCCACACUGCCUCCAAUGUCAGUGAAUUUUACUGAAAUGGAACGAAUCAUUAGCACAUUAGAUCCCCAGACUCCUCAAGUGGAAAGUGUAAAAACAAGUGUGUUAGUUGAAAAAGUAGAAGACUAUGAGAGAGUGGAGAAUGUGGACAAUGAAGUGAGAUCCUUCAUUUUCAAAACAGACAAUGCCACCAAAUCUGAGGAGGCAGCGCCCAACACAACCUUACUAGAAGUUUUGGGUGGCCCAGGAUCAGAAGAACCAACUACCGCACCUGUGUCUUUAUCCACAGACACGGAACAUCCUCUCCAUGAGACCCUCAGGUGGUCAGAAGAAAUCCAGACCUGGAGACAAGCUGGACCCGAGCAAGUUUCUCCUGAGAAUUCUUCAGCAACACCUUCCACAGUUUUUGUAGCUAGAACUCAUGUUCUUGAAAUGACCAGAGAGUUUAUUACAUCAGCACCAAAACCAUCGGACUUGCUUUAUGAAAAUUCUGGAGAGGGAUCUGGAGAAGCGGAUACUCUUGAUUUAGCCCACACUUCUGGAACUACUCAGGCAAGCAGGCCAGAGACCACCACAUUUGUUUCCGACAGAUUCCUAGAAGACCAUCCGGAAGCCCCAAGUGCUGAAGCUGGAACUGCCCACACCCCUCCUCCUGCAUCCACGAUACUGCCUCUCCACAUGGAGCAGAACAGAACCAUCCCUGAUCCAAGCAGCAUCCCAGCACACACACAGUCCCCCCAGAGGCCCACAGAAGAUGGGGCAGACAGUUUCCAAGACCAUUUUGUGGGAUUUACGGAUUCUACCUUAAAACCUAACAGAAGAAAAGCCACUGAAAAUAUUAUUAUAGAUCUGGACAAAGAUGAUUUCAUGUUGACCGGUACAGACAGCCCCAUCCUCGAUAUCCUCGAGCUGCGAGAUACCACCACUAUCAUAGAUAUUGACCACAGCAGACCUGCAGAUGAAGAUGCCCUCGGGAUGCAGACAGACCUAGAUCCGGAGGUGCCAGCAGGAAGUGAAGAAAGUGCCCAGGCCACCCAGGCUCAAGAGCAGCACGAGGCAGCUGGCACCUUGUCUUUCACUGAGAAAGCAUUUGAGGGCUCUGGUGAGGAUGCCAGCGACACCCAGGCAGCAGAUAACCAUCCAGUGACUUCUGAGAGUAAAAGCCAGUUAGGUCACACAGGCUUCAACUCUCCCACCAAAAUCUCUGUCCCUAGCAUGGCAACCGAAGUAGGUAUUUUGCUUCCCACAGUCACUUCGCUGCCUACGCCCGGUAAAUCUGCCACAGUUCAUCCAGAGAUCAAAGAACCCAAACCGGAAACGACAGGCCUGGAUGACAUAUUUGAAUCAAGCACUUUGUCUGACGGGCAAGCUAUUGCAGACCAAAGCGAAGUAGUGUCGACACUGGGCGAUUUGGAAAGGACACAGGAAGAGGAUGAAGAAAAGAAACAUGUAGGUCCUUCUUUCCCACCAGACUUCUCUUCAGGGGAUGAGGAGCUGUUGACAGAUGUCACUCCCUAUGUAAGUAUCAAUCAUGUCCACCUCCUGACUCAGAGCUUAACGGAAGCCCCUGCCGUGCAGGGAGGACCCAGCCCCUCGGUGGCUCUGUCAGCGUUUGAAGAGUUGUCCCAUCAGACACCAUCCUCUCCAUCCUCUAUCUUCCCGGGCAGUGGAGCAUCAGAGAACACAGAGGUCCCCCAGCCGAGUGUCCUGCCAGGUACAGACGCCAUCUCCACUCUGACAUCUCCAGAGCAUCCUCAGAAUGAGGUUCACACAAUUUUAGAAGCCACUUUCAAACCAUCAGGUGAAGAGCAGGUCCCUGUAACCAAGCCUCCAUCCUCCUCUCCUGACACAGAACUUUCAGAAGAUGAGAGCAAACCCAGGGUAUUUGAAGAAGCGGGAAGUUCUCCCUCAGAACCCAUUACCAAGGAGGCAACCAAGGCUCCCCAAGAUCCCACACACACAGACAGUGGUCCAUUUUCUGGAGAAACAACAGAAGUGCUCCCAAGACUUCCAACCUAUGGAGUUGAACCUGUUCCUACAGCUGGCAGGGAGACUGAAUCAGAAGGUGCCCCACAGUGGCUGCAUUCCACUUCCACUUCUGUGACCUCCAGGGUUGGGGCAGAUGUGGUGCCUCAGCCCAGCCCGCAGACUUCUGCGAGCCCCACUGUCCCUUUUUCUUGGGAAACAAACCCGGAAACACAUGCAGCAGCUUUUGUCCGAGGGGAGCACUCCACUAUAGCAGCACCAGAAAAGGAAAUGCCAGCCGGUUUCCUUGAUUCUAACAGUCAGGUGACAGUCAGCACUGUGGGAUUAAACCCUGAGCUCAUCACAUCAUCAUUUUCCCUUCCGGAAACUUCUAAUGAAACUCAUUUCCUGAUUGGCAUUCAUGAAGAGGCCAUGGAGGGCACAGCCGUCUAUUUCGCAGGACCUGAUCGAUGUAAAACCAACCCUUGCUUGAAUGGAGGCACUUGCUACCCUACGGAGACGGCCUACGUAUGCACCUGUGUGCCGGGCUUCAGUGGAGAUCAGUGUGAACUCGACUUUGAUGAGUGUCACUCUAACCCGUGUCGGAACGGGGCGACCUGUGUGGACGGCUUUAACACGUUCCGGUGUCUCUGCCUUCCCAGCUACAUUGGCGCACUUUGUGAGCAAGAUACUGAGACCUGUGACUAUGGCUGGCACAAAUUCCAAGGGCAGUGCUACAAAUACUUCGCCCACCGACGCACAUGGGACGCAGCUGAGAGGGAAUGUCGUCUGCAGGGAGCCCACCUCACCAGCAUCCUGUCGCACGAAGAGCAGAUGUUCGUGAAUCGUGUGGGCCAUGAUUAUCAGUGGAUCGGACUCAAUGACAAGAUGUUCGAGCAUGACUUCCGCUGGACUGACGGCAGCACGCUGCAAUAUGAGAACUGGAGACCCAACCAGCCAGAUAGUUUCUUUUCUGCUGGCGAAGACUGCGUGGUCAUCAUUUGGCACGAAAACGGCCAGUGGAACGACGUCCCCUGCAACUACCAUCUCACCUACACCUGCAAGAAAGGCACAGUUGCUUGCGGCCAGCCCCCUGUGGUAGAAAAUGCCAAGACCUUUGGAAAGAUGAAGCCUCGUUAUGAGAUCAACUCCUUGAUUAGAUACCACUGCAAAGAUGGUUUCAUUCAGCGCCACCUUCCAACGAUCCGGUGCCUAGGGAACGGAAGAUGGGCCAUACCUAAAAUUACCUGCAUGAACCCAUCUGCAUACCAAAGGACUUAUUCUAAGAAAUACUUUAAAAAUUCCUCAUCAGCAAAGGACAAUUCAGUAAACACAUCCAAACACGAUCAUCGCUGGAGCCGGAGGUGGCAGGAGUCCAGGCGUUGAUUCCUCAAAGGGCAAACAUAGGUUUUCAUCUUUUCAGCCAAAGUCCUAACUUCCUGUGCCUUUCCUACCACCUUGAGAAGUGUUAAUCAGUUGGUUUCGAUUUGUGGACCACCGUCCGGUCAUGUGGGGUUGUUGUGCUCCCAAAGCAUUUUUAAAUGAAAGUACGGGCAUCCGAAAGGAAAGCAAAUGAGACAAAAGAAAACGAGGGCAGAAAGUCACCAUUUCCAGCCUGUCUCGUGUCGCUAGCGCACUCUCUGCCUCUGGCACGGAUCAUUUCGUGACGUCUACCAGCCUACUGUACUAUUUAAAGAGCUCCAUGUCAGCACCGGUGGCCAUGUAAAUAAGAUGAUUUAAUGUUGAUUUUACGCCUGUAUAUAAAUUAAAAAGUCACACUGAAUUCGGGCAUAUUUAAUGAUGAUUAUGGAGCCUUCAAGGUCUUUAAUCAUUGGUUCGGCUGCUUUGGGGUAGUUCAUUUAGGUUGGAGAUGGUUUUCAUUUGCCCUUUGGCUGGCAGCGGGACAGCUUUUCCUGGACAAGUAGCAAACGCAAUCUUGGUCACUGCGUGUCUCAGCCACAGGCGCCAUCCGCUUCUGCAUGAUGCCGAAGCCGGAGGGCUCUGGCAUGGCGUCCAUUGCUGCAAUCCUUUUCCUUCAGCUUACGUGGAAGGCCUGCACAGAGGACUUUUCUAUGACCAGAAGCAUUUUUUUAAAGGGGACAAAGUGCUAAUUAUUAACUCAACCAGGUCUACUUUCUAAUGGCUUUUGUAACAAUAACUCUGGUAAGAUUACAUAGGGAAUCAAGACAUUUUUGAUGGACAGAGACCGAGGGCUCAGGAGGGAGGGGAAUUGUUAGAACAACACACAUGCAAAAAAGCAGAAAAAAAAAUUUUGUAUAUAUAACCAUUUUAAUCUUUUAUAAAGUUUUGAAUGUUCAUGUAUGAAUGCUGCAGCUGUGAAGCAUACAUAAAUAAAUGAAGUAAGCCAUACUGAUUUAAUUUAUUGGAUGUUAUUUCCCCCAGACCUGAACGUGGAUAUAGUACGCUAGGAAUUUUUCAGUGUUAGCUUUGUAUUUUGCUCACACGGUUUGGAACCAUACAAUGUAGGUACUUUGUCCCUGAUUAAAUAAUGUGAUGGAUAGAAUACGUUAAGUGCUAAUUAAGGAAAGAGUGGACAAGUGUGUAGCUUUGGGCAAGUGGCCUUUGGCCAUUCUCCACAAGGUUUCUGUGUAGGAUUAGCCUGGGUGUUUCGUCUCGAUAGGUGCAGUGUAUGUAUUGAAAUUUGUCCUCAACUCUUCCCAUUAUUUUCUCCCUUCUAUUUGAAUAAACAGACUGCUGAAGUUGACUUUUGAAUCAUGAUCCACUUAAUUUAACGGUUAAAGAAAACUCUGUAGUGCAAAGAAAGCAGGAAGCAUAGAUGACAAAUCAAACGCAAAUAGAAAUGAUAAAUGCUUGGAGAGAGGGGUGUUUAACCCGAGUUAAACGGUACACAGGGUUCACAAGGACUGAAACAUCCCAGGAUACGCACAGUUAAGGGUGAUUUUGUGUGCUUAUGUAUCCAUUCACAGUUUAAAAAAAUUUUUUUAAAGAAAGAGAAAGAAAACUAGAUAAAGAGCAGACAGGUUGGCCCGACGUGGACUCUCAUGAAACCUCCUCUGCCCUUGAAGGAGAACUGGAGCUCACCAUCGCACGCAGUAUAUUGCGGGAGCCCCCUUGGUGCCCUCGUGAAGUGUGCCCGCCCUCAGGUGUAGCAGCGCAUGUGCAAACACCAUGUGGGCUUCCUAGGUCUUUAUUCCUCCUUUUUCAUUCCGAUGCACAUAACCCUCUCCUGUAUUUAUAACAUGUAUAGUGUAAAAUGUGAAUGAUUUUUCUUUGUGAAUGAAAAUCUAAAAUCUUUGUAACUUUUUAUAUCUGCUUUUGUUCCACCAAAGAAACCUAAAAUCCUUCUUUUA